CCCUAAGACCCAACGCUUCCAAUAAAAACCUCUUACCAAUAGCAAGCCUAGCCGUUUCAGCCUUCAGGAACCACCCCCCGUCCCCAAUCGAUCAGCAGCUUGGAGAACUCACCGGCGGCGAUAUGGGCGGCCCGGAAAAGGCGGGGAUUGAAGGGAAGAAGCAGCAGCCGGAAGCCCCCAAAGCGACGUCGUUUGAUUUGGACGAUUACAAGAUUAUCAAGGAAGGCGAAGCAGAGAUUCUUAUGCACGCCAAUAAUGUAGUCUUUUACAACAAAGCCCAGGUUAACAACAGAGAUAUGUCUAUUGCCGUUCUGAGAGAAUUUAUAGUAAGACGGAAGCAAGAGCAGGAAGCACUUGUGGCAAGAAAAACAAAGACAGCUUCAAAAGAUACAGAUAAUUCUGAUACUAAGCUUGGUUCUCCAGUCCAUUUUGAUCAGGAUAAUGGAGCACCAAACAAUGGGCAUGAAGUCACAAAAGAGAUGUCUCAGGAUGAGCAGUGUAGCAUUUCAGAAGGACCAACAAAGAGUCUGGGGGGAAAAUGCAGAGAGCUGAAGCCACCACGGAUCCUUGAGGCACUAUCAGCUUCGGGUUUGAGGGCUUUACGAUAUGCACGUGAAAUUGAAGGGAUUGGUCAAGUUGUUGCCUUGGACAAUGAUCCGGCCUCUGUUGAAGCUUGUCAGAGAAACAUAAAGUUCAAUGGUUCUGUGGCCUGUGCAAAGGUGGAGUCUCACAUUGACGAUGCUCGAGUUUACAUGCUCACUCAUCCAAAAGAUUUUGAUGCGGUUGACCUUGAUCCAUAUGGUUCUCCCUCUGUGUUCCUUGAUGCUGCUGUUCAAUCAGUUGUUGAUGGAGGCAUAUUAAUGUGUACUGCAACCGAUAUGGCAGUGCUGUGUGGAGGAAACGGAGAGGUUUGCUAUUCGAAGUAUGGCUCCUAUCCACUUAGAGGGAAAUACUGUCAUGAAAUGGCAUUGAGGAUACUUCUUGCCUCCAUUGAGAGCCAUGCAAAUCGACACAAAAGAUAUAUUGUUCCCAUAUUGUCAAUUCAGAUGGACUUCUAUGUCCGGGUCUUUGUCCGUAUCUAUACUUCAGCAAGUGCUAUGAAAAACACUCCUUUAAAGCUUUCAUACGUGUAUCAGUGCAUUGGCUGUGAUUCUUUUCAUCUGCAGCCAAUUGGAAGAACUGUCUCAAAGAACAACAGUGUGAGAUUUCUUCCUGGGUUUGGUCCCACAGUACCACAAGAGUGCAGUGAUUGUGGUAAGAAGUUCAACAUGGGUGGACCUAUAUGGUCUGCUCCCAUUCAUGAUCAGGAAUGGGUGGCUUCCAUUCUUGCUGAUGUAAAAUCAAAAAAGGAUCGCUAUCCAGCUUAUGAGAAGAUCUAUGCUGUACUGACAACAAUUUCAGAGGAAUUACCAGAUGUUCCUUUGUUUCUCAGUUUGCACAAUCUCUGUGCGACGCUCAAAUGCACUUCUCCCUCUGCCGUUAUAUUUCGCUCUGCAGUCCUGAAUGCAGGAUAUCGUAUAUCAGGAACUCAUGUGAAUCCUCUUGGGCUUAAGACAGAUGCUCCCAUGGAAGUCAUAUGGGAUAUAAUGCGGUGCUGGGUCAAAAAUCAUCCCGUGAAAGCUCAAUCACCUGAACUGUCUGGGAGCAUUAUUCUUUCCAAAGAACCUGUUCUGCAGGCAAACUUUUCACGGGCGGUUGCAUCACUGAGCAAGGCACAGGCAAAGAAGGUUGCACGUUUCCUUCCCAACCCGGAACGGCAUUGGGGCCCAAAACUCAGAGCAGGCCGGCAGAUCACUAGCAAACAUGUUUCUCUCUUGGGCCCAGAAGCAAUGAAUGGAUUAAUCAACAACAGCCAAGACGAAGACAGUGAAGAACCUGCAGCAAAGCGUACGAAGACAGAAGAUCCUGUUCUUGAUUCAUAGAGUUAAUUAAUCUCUCAAAAUUUAAAUGUCUUGCUCUCCCAUGCCAAGUUUUUGAUCUGAUAAUAUGUUAACUCUGCUGCCAUUCACUUGCUCAGAGAAGGAAGAAGCAGACCAUUCGAGCGAAGUUGUUUCAUCAAACGGAAGAGAUCACAGCCCAGUGUGUUAAAAUUUUGAAUCCUCAAGGAAAGUCUUGUUUUAUUUAUUCGCGUGUUUUAUUGCUGCCCGUUUCUUUAUCUCCUGUGUACACACAAUAUUUAUUUCAGUGUUUUCGAUCAGCUAUGAAUCAUGAACUCCCGAUGUGCCUGGAAACAGAGAUCAUCGCCGUAUACAGGAAUUGUUAU